CUGGGUAAUAUUCAUGCACGUUGGCUGCCUGCUUGGGUUGUUUUCAAGAAUUUACACCCCAUUGUAACCUAAAUUCUUCCACAAAACCUCGCUGCACUGAAACGGUAAAGCCUGCAGCCCAGAGUUGAGGUAUUUCUGCAGUAACUAAUGACAUAACUGGCAUCUCGAAACGGUUUCUUAGCCAAUUUACCAUCGCAGGAAGUUGAGCUAUCGCUUGCAAGGCUUCCCUUGUCAUAGUAAUGGCGGACGGGUCGGAUGAAAGUUAUGCCGCUCCAACUCAUAGGACUAAAUACAAACGAGAUAGAAAUGAUCGACGAGAGCGAAGGGUUAAUCGUUAUGCUGAUGGGAUAGAUGGGACUCCAUCGCCUUCUAAGGAACACAAUAGUCCAGGUUUGGACGACAGUGGAGUUGCGAAUGAUCUGGCUAACAGUGCCGAUCGAGACUCUGGGAGACGAGACAGAAGAGAUAGGCGGAAACCUAAAGAAGAACCUGAAGCGAAUGCCAAUGACGAGGCGCCUUUAGAAGGGGCAGCAGCUCCUAGUGAAGAAACAUCGCCGAAGAAGACCCUAAAGAAAGAGAGAAAGAGCGAAAGCGCGCAUAAGAGACAGGCCAAGAGACAUUUGAGAGAGAAACGAAGAUCAACAGGAGUUGUUAUUAUGCCCGGUGCAGAAGGAGAUAGCGAGGACGAUGAUUCCGUUUCGAAGCAAGUAAAGGCAAACACGCAACAGAACGAGCAAGCGAACGAUGAUGAAGCGCUGGAGGAUUCCCCCAAAAGCAAAGGCUCAAACAAAAGAAUAGAACAAAAAGUUCAAAAAGAUAGUGAGACCAUUCAAGUGCAGCAGCUGCUUGAAAAGAUAGAUGAUUAUGAAAAUCAGAUAGAAGAUUAUAAAAGUGCACUUGAUAAAGUAAACAAGGAGGUGGAACAACUACGUGGGGAUAACCAGAAACUGAAGGAUGAAAACAGCUCUUUAUUACGGGUUAUAAGUCAAUUAUCGUCAAUCAAACCGUCCAAGUAGACUUCAGUGCACAGUACUCUUCAUUUAUUUGGCUGCGGUAUAAUUACUUUUGUUAACUGAUUUAGUCAAAUGGACAGCAGCCAUUCAGCCAGGACACAUUUGCCACAUGGAAGGAUUGGACUCUGCUUGGAAUAAAGGAUAUUGCCACUGUUUGAUGGCCCUAUGUGGCACUUGCUUACUGCAGAAAGCUUCACAAGUUUGUUUGAUGGAUAGUGUUCUGUGGUUUGUAUAGCUUUAAAAGUUAUAGUCUGUUUUUAUGAAGUAUAUAAUAAGCUUUAGUUUGGCUCAGUGAACUUUAUGUAAUGACAGAAGGUGGAAGAGAAGAGUUAUAAGGAGAGGAUAGAUGUGGCCUUGGUUUCAGUAGUCUUUGAGACUUGAAAUUUUGAUGCACCAUGCGAGUGAAUAGUUUUAGUUUUCUUGGUAGAUAGUGUGAGCAUGCCAUGUUAAUGCAGUGAAUAAACUUGGAAAAAGGUUCAUAAGCAUUGGAUGGGGCAAUUUUUCUUCCAGAGGGGAAGUUCUUUUGGUUCAUUCUUAGUAUUGAACAAAGUUAGCAGGAUCUAAAGAAGCUGUUGGGCUGCAUCAAUAGGCGAGUGAAAGAUUUAGCUAUUUCAUCAUCUUGAAGUUGAUAAGGGCAAAUUAACUUCCAUAGUGAGUUUGUGAAUCUAAGGUUCCAAAUUGGUCUGACCAAGUCCUAAUGCUCAGAACAUCAGCUUCACAAACCUGCUUCUGUCGUUAACUUCAAGCCGUUCAUAACCAAGUCUUUCAUAGUUUACUUGCUCGUAAUUUAUUUAAAUUUGUCUUGUCUGAUCAGUUUCUAGUCAGUCAGCUUUAUUGAUCUCUGUGAUUCUACAUCAAUAUGGAAUUUCUCAGCUUGAAUUUCAAACAACUGUCUCGUAGGGAAUAGGACUACAUGUACAUGUACCUAUGAGUGCAUAUCAAGAGCUGUGUGCAACUCAGGCUAAUACUUGUGGUGUUUCGUUUUUGAUUACACGACCCCUAAGACAGCUGGGAGGGCCAAUAACUGAAAGCAGGUGAUCAGAUUCUCUGUUGCAGGUCCAACAUUUUCUUAGUGUUGGUAACGUUUUUAUAUCUGUUUCUUAUCUAAAAAGUUGUGUAAUAAGUCUCUUAUUAAUCAAGCUUUCUGUGGUCAUACUGGAAGAAUAUCGGCCUUUUGUGUUUUUGGUGUGGGACUUGCCUUACUCCAUUUACAUGUAUACUGCGAUGCCUAUGGCCAAGAUUUUCUCUCUUGCAUUUGGUUAAUAAGAUAUAUGUAUUUUUAUUUAUUAUUUUUGGAAAGAGAGAUGGAUGUCAGUGGUGUCAAUUUUUUCCCCUACCCACUGCCGUAUUUUUUCAAGUUUUUCCACUGCACUUGUAAAUAUUGACGCGAAAGGUUGUUGAGCAAUUUUAUUUCCAGAUCACCUCAUUCUUCAGGUGACAACAUGUGGUAAAAUACAUUUUAUAGACUUACCUCUUUAAUUUGUAAAAAUUUGUUGAUCGCAGUCUUGAAUAGCAUUAGAGCUACAUUAAUUUUUUUAAACUUUGCAAAAGCAGGUUUUUUUUCCGUGGCAUUCUCAUCACAUCUACCAUGACAGAUACAUCUGAUAUUUGAGUCAAAAAUCUUCAUGUUGCUGGCGGGGGCUCUUCUUAGGUUCAAGUUUCUGAUUGGUUUAUUUGGAAUUAUGAUGAACAGUCACUAUAGUGUCAUGUAUGAAAUUUUGAGUCAAAACUGGUCAAAUCUUGGUUAUGAAACAUCCAAUCAAAAGUAAUAGACAAAACUUCCUCCGGUGAUAUUUUUUAAGUAACUUUUCAGUAAAAAAGAAAGAAAAAUGCAUUGGUUAGUACAUAAAAAUGGUAUGAGAAGUGUCAUUCCUUUAGAUUGAAGGAUUUUAUUUGAAAUAUUUGUAGACUACCUUUACUUUAUGCGAAAGGUUGAAAAUAACAUUUGUUUCACUGGUGAGAAUUGAAACAAAGUUGGCUGUGUAAAAAAGAAGAUGGCUUCAUUUGUUAUAAGUAUUUACUUGCAGAGAAUGUUUUUCCACGAAAAGCACGGGGUCACUUCUUUAUUUUUGAAAAACUAUUUUGGUACUUAAAAUAGUUUUAUUGGUUGCAAGUUGUUUGUAAUAUCUGUUGCCAAGUUGGCUGUCAGUUGUGUGUACAUGUGGUCUGUUUCUUGUCUGUUCUUUUAGUGUAUUCCUAGGUAAGUGAUACACAAAUUAUGACCAUUGAUACUAACAAUGUUGCCGGCUGUCGAAAAAUGUUGGCAGUUUAACUCUGUAGAAAGAGACGUUUUUAAAUUUCGUAGGAUUUUUUUUUCGAAUUCGAUCCAAGAAUGCAUGAAGAGUUUUGAAUUUACACGUUGAAUGGCUUGUUAGAAAAGAAAGAGAAAAUGCUGGCAUUAUUUAGUACUGUUUGUGCGUAAUUGCCUUGUAAAAAAAAAGUCUGUUACUUACUUAGUAUAAAGAAAUUUCCAAAAGGAAAAUAUUUCCCUGCUUCUAUGCACCAGUCUCCUUUACAUGCAGACGUCAUUUGGAGUCGAUUGUAAAUGACGGCUAUAGUAAGGGCUGCAAAGGAUUCUUGGAAGUAUCUUGCUAAUCGUUAUAGAACAAGUCACUGUAAAGUUUAAGUUGACAGUCUUGACUUUGAGGAAAGUGAUCAAAACUUUGGCAGCAUGAGCAAGUUUUAUGGGAAGUUGAAAAAAAAAAAAAACUAAAAAAAGAGGUAGGGAGAAAAACCUCAUGACAGUUUAGACUACAAUUAAUUCUCGAAAACAGGAAAAAGGUAUACCUAAAUCUUCUCGAUGUAGAGGACAGAAUGUCGUAGAAAACCUAACAUGGUUCGAUCGCUUCUAUUCCUCACCUUUGUUAUGGAACUGGUGGAACUUUGGCUCAUAAGCUGUGAGGUCUUGAUCACUUUCCUAAGUUGCAGUGCGUUAGCUCGUCAAAGACUUUAACGUGUUCCUCUAAUGUUAUAUUUUUGUAUUAUGUUAGUAAAUACAAUUUCAGUGAUUAAACAAAGGAAACUCGA